AUGGCCAAGUUAAGCGAUUUAUCGGCCGAUCUUGUCCAGACCAUCAUCGACGACAUCAUGCUUACUUGGUCCAAACAACAAUAUAACGCCGGUAGUCGCGCCCGGCACGAUGAAGAACACCACAAACUCGAUCACAACGGACUCACGCCGAUCGACUUGAAGUGGCCAAGAGCUCCUAUCCAACGUCGAAAGAUGGUCAGGCGGGAUCAACGUAAUUAUAUUUCGCUAGGACGGGACUAUCAACAAACCGCAUCGUCCCGCCGUCAAGUUUCAUGGCCAGAGGGUCUACCAGAUAAUCCUUGUUUACCCCUUUCGUUGGUUAGUCGCACCUUUCGACAAUGUGCGCAAAAGAAACUAUUCGAGCAUGUGGUUCUGGACAGCCCAUGGCAGGCGCACUUCUUCCACCGGACUCUGACUGGCUCAGCACCUGUUAGCGAACCGACACGCGCCGACAACGCAUCAUCUAAAAUCGAGGAACCUCAUCGGAUCAAGCUGGCUCAACAUGUCCGCACCUUACAGUUCAUGUGGAGCGGCAUCUGUUCGAUGGACAGGGGCGGCGGCUCUCUGGUCUGUGAGAUCCUCCGAUCCUGUCCAUUCCUCGAGAACCUCGCGAUCAGCAAUGCUCUCUGGCGUAGUUGCCCAGAGCCCGUCUUGGAAGCCAUGGCCAGUCGGCGGUUGAUCAAGGAAUUUCUGAUCCUUGCCAAGCCCUGUCCAGACAACUGGGGUCCCCGAUGGGCUGCCGACACGAUGCUUGCUCGGCUAUUCACCCAAUGGGACCAGCUUCAUACAGUCGAGUUGCACAAGCUCGCUGGCCGGCCGGUCGAGAUGAUCGAACAGUCCUACGGCUCGAUUCCCGUCGCGAACUGUGCCCUACGAACGGUAAUCUUGGUCGAGCCUAAUUUACACGAGAAUGAAUUGGCAAUUCUGUUGAAGAACUCUCGAGAAAGCUUGCGUACACUCGAGAUCAUUGAGCCAAGCGAGCGACUCGACCGACGGGGGCUGAUUCAACUGCUCCAAGAAUACACCAGCCCAGAUUUAGAAUCCUUAAGACUCGGCCUGGAAGGGUGGUCCCCGUAUGACGCUUAUCUGCUCAUGCAAGGCUCUGGUCACGGAAUAUCCGAUGGUGAAGGCUCUGAUGCCGAGAGAUCUAAUACUGGAAGUUCUGAUUGCGACGGCUUUCCUGAUCCUGAAGUAUCUUAUGGCAACGGCUCGGCUGAUGCUGAAGCACUUUAUGGUGACGGGUGGGCUGAUACUGAAGGAUUUUAUGGCGACGGGUCGGCUGAUGCUGAAGGAUUUUAUGGCGACGGGUCGGCUGAUGCUGAAGGAUUUGAUGGCGACGGGCCGGCUGAUGCUGAAGGAUCUGAUGGCGACGGCUCUACUGAUGCAGAAAGAUCUGACGACGACCCAUCUACGAACCAGGCCCUGAUGGACAUUCUCUUUCGAUCACCGAAUAUUUUACGAAAUCUCAAGUCCUUGUCAUUCAGCGGCGAAAUAGCCUCCCCAAAGCUGUUUGCACUCUUGCCUCAAUCACUCAUCAAACUGGCUUGGCAAUAUUGCAACCACAAGCCAACGGCACUGGCCAAGAUACUCUCAUGCCCGGCUGAGUCCGGCAACUCAUUGCCCAAUUUAAAGUGCUGCUCAGCUCGUAUUCGCAGAGAAUGGCGAGAGGAAGAUUGGAAGGUGAUAUCGGGAGUGUUAGAAAGCCGAGGGGGAUGUCACCAAGAUGUGAAUCCGUUCUAUGGGGGGCAGACUGAAAGUGAGAAUGAUAGGGAAGAGUCUCCCAACCGAUGGGAAUGGGAAGCGGACCAUGCCCCUCCCUCAGAGAUGGACUACAAAAAUCUUUGGGAUUAG